AUGGGACGUACUGGAAAGAAGGCCGCACGGGCCAAACUGCAGAGAACCUCAGCCCAGGGCAAGUUCGUAUCUGGGCCAACCCAGUGUGACGGCGAAUCAGACUACGAAGAUUCUGGCAGUGACAGUGAUGCCAGUGUGUCAUCGACUGGUUCUCUCACAGUUGCAAGGCAGUUGUAUGCGAAAAAGUUUUCUGUGCAACAGAACCCAAUGAAGCGCAAGCAGCCCGUGGUGUACACAAAAGAUUCUCGAGCAACCUUUUACCGCCAUAAAGCACACUGGAAAAAGGCAGCUGAAGACUGUGCGAAGCUCAAGAGAUUUGGCUUCUCACGCGACACCACUCUAAUGCGCAAGGACGCCGUUUACAAUCCCGAGACAGAAGAUGUCGAUGUUGAGGGUUGGUAUGACAUUGAGGAAGCCAUAACCGACAUGGAUCUGAUGGAGUUUUGCAUCUCCCGCACUGAAUCUGGCCCUAUCGAGGAUGAUGAACUCGAUGAACAGGAGCUUCAGAAUACCCAAAAGGAUCUCGCAGAAGCAGUAGCCGGAGAAGAUGAAGAUCUUGCCAAUGAUGAAGCCAUGCAUACAGCAGAAGUCGAAGCAGCUCGCGAGUGGCUUGUCCUCGAUGAUGAUGACAGUGCUCCGUCCCAAAAAAACAUAUUCGAGAUUGUCAAGACCUGUCUCAAGGAAGUAAAGCGGCUCAAAACAAGUAAAACAGUCAAAAUGAUGACUCAACUUACUGCUGUCACCGAGUACGCGAAGCUUCACGAGCAGUAUGCUGGCCACCCAAAAUGCCAGCGCCCAGCACUCAAUGCGAGCUUGGCCAUUGCAUAUUGCAUGGGGAAGGGCCCCUACUUUGCCCGCCAAAUUCGCGAAAAUGCAAGAUACCUCCUCAGGCACCAGCGAUUGCCGCUGUCACUUCGGAGUGCCCAGAAUGGCCAAUACAUGCUACUGGAUGAUGAAAAUGUCCUGCAGGCAGUUCGUUCCUACCUCGCGGCCCAGGCUAUUGGUACCAUCACACCCUUUGAGCUUUGCCGCCAUGUCAACAACGUCAUAAUUCCCGCAUUGGACCUGACAGGGAAGAAAAGCACGAUCUGUGAAAGAACAGCCAUCAGAUGGCUGGGAAAGCUGGGAUAUCAGUGCCGAGAUGUCAAGAAAGGUCUUUAUUAUGAUGGCCAUGAAAGGCCUGAUGUCGUCGAAGCACGGACCAAGUAUUUGGAGGAGAUGAAACGGUUAGAGCGGUUGAUGUGCAAAUAUGACGAUGACACGCUCGAGCCAAUUCCACCAGAACUUGGUCCAGGCGAAAAGGAGCAUGUUGUUGUGAUGUCGGAUGAAUCCAUUGUCGGCACAAAUGAGUCAGCUCAUCGGCGCUGGUUGAAAGAAGGUGAACAGCCUCUCAGGAGGAAAGGGAACGGGCGGGGAGUCCACAUCUGUGGUUAUAUCUGCGAAACAGUUGGCCAACUAAAGCUAUCCGACGAGCAAAUCACAGAGCAGCUGAAGUUGCCCGAAGAUCAGCGUCUAAAGGUGACGAAUUUGUGCAAGAUAAUCUACCCUGGAAAAAACCAUGACACGUGGUGGGAUCUCCAACAGUUGAUGGAUCAAACAGUCCACGCGAUCGACAUUUUCGAAUACCUCCAUCCCGACAAAGUAGGCAUCUGGGUCUUUGAUUGCUCAUCGGCGCACGAGGGACUCGCACAUGACGCGUUGAACGUCAACAAUAUGAAUAUCAAUCCCGGCGGCAAACAACGUUCACUACACACCACGAUCAUCCCUCUCAACAACCCUCCCCCACUCCCUGGCAAAGAUGACACCCGCGGAAGACCCCAGUCCAUGGUUUUCCCUGCUGAUCACCCCAACGAGGAGCUUCAAAACAAACCUAAAGGCAUGCGGGUGGUUCUUCAAGAGCGCGAGUCGGUCUGGGAUGAGCUGAUGAAGAGGUCAAAGGCCGGGAAACCAGUGGGGAAGUGCAAGGAGUGCAAAAUGUCGGAGGUGAAGAAAGACGCCGCGAGACGUGUUGCAGAGGCAGAGGCUAUGGGCCAAGAGGAUGCAGUGCCGGAAGAUGAUGUCGUGCAGGCUGAUCAGCCCAAUAUUCAACCAGUGAGUGAUUGGUGCUGUAUGUAUCGUGUUCUCUCGUUGCAGGACGACUUUGCGAACGAAAAACCGAUGCUACAAAAAUACAUUGAGGGGCGCGGUCACAUUUGCAUGUAUCUGCCCAAGUUCCAUUGCGAACUUAACCCUAUCAAAAUGCUAUGGGGAUUUAUGAAGUACCAUGAGUCUUUUCACUCUCGUUUAAUUCAAAUCAUUCUUAUUCUAUUUGAACCAGGCUAUCGCAAAGUAUCAGAUGGCAAGUUCUCAACUGCCAAAGUCCUCGUGCCGCAGUGUCUCAACAUGUGUGACACAAUCACGAUCCGACACUUUUUCCGUAAGACAUGGCGCUACAUGGACUCAUACUCGAAAGGACUUGAUGCUUAUCAGACUGCAUUUGCAGUCAAAGUGUUCAAGUCACACCGUAGAGUCGGUCAUCCUGCCAAGAUUAAGGCUCUCAUGAGCCGCCGAUAA